AUGCAUCACCCCACUCUGCUCGCCGCUGGCGCUGCCGUCCUCUCGGCUUUGCCCGGUGCCCAGGCAGGCAUGUACCCGAAGAGCUCUGCCGUGCUCCAGGUGGAUGCCAAAAACUACGAUACCCUAAUCGCAAAGUCCAACUACACCUCGAUUGUCGAGUUCUACGCCCCGUGGUGCGGACACUGCCAGAACCUCAAGCCUGCUUACGAAAAGGCAGCCAAGAACCUCGAUGGACUGGCCAAGGUCGCCGCCAUCGAUUGUGACGAUGAUGCCAACAAGCCACUAUGCGGCCAGUUUGGUGUUCAGGGUUUCCCCACCCUCAAAAUCGUGAGGCCGGGCAAGAAGCCCGGUAAGCCCGUCGUCGAGGACUACCAAGGCCCGCGAACCGCCACUGGCAUUGUCGAAGCCGUCGUCGACAAGAUUAACAACCACGUCAAGCGAGUCACCGACAAGGACCUCGAUUCGUUCCUCGAGGGAGACAAGCCCAAGGCCAUCCUUUUCACCGAGAAGGGUACCACCAGCGCUCUCCUGCGCAGCGUCGCCAUUGACUUCCUCGACGCAGUCACGGUCGGUCAGGUGCGCAGCAAGGAGGCAAAGGCGGUUGAGAAGUUUGGAGUCAAGUCAUUCCCCACUCUGGUGCUUCUGCCCGGUGGCGACAAGGAGCCUAUCGUCUACGAUGGAGAGCUGAAGAAGGACGGUCUGGUUUCUUUCAUUUCCCAGGUCGCUUCUCCGAACCCGGACCCUGCGCCUAACGGUGACAAGAAAAAGGCCGACAAGAAGGCCGACAAGAAGACUGAGAAGAAGGCUGAGAAGAGCAAGCCCGCAUCCGCCAAGUCGAGCACCAGUACUGCCGCCGAGGAGGCCACCCCCGAGUCCGAGACCCCUACCGAGUCCCCCUCCGCUAAGCAAGCCGCCUCUGCCGUCAUUCCUCCUCUGCCCGUCGCCGAAACCCCCGAGAAGCUCCAGGCCGAGUGCCUCAGCGCCAAGUCCCACACCUGCGUCUUGGCCUUCGUUUCUUCCAAGGAGAACGAAAAGGCUGAGAAGGCUCUCACCAGCCUGUCGGAGCUCGUUCACAAGUACGCUCAGAACCAGCGCAAGAUCUUUCCCUUCUUCUCCGUCCCCAACGACAACACCGCCGCUUCUACUGUUACGAAGGGUCUUGGUCUUACUGGUGACAUUGAGAUCGUUGCUGUAAACGCCCGCCGUGGUUGGUGGAGACGCUACGAAGGUGACUUCGGUGUUGCGAGUGUCGAGAGCUGGGUUGAUGCCAUUCGUAUGGGCGAGGGCGCCAAGAAGAAGCUCCCCGAAGGCCUCGUCGUUGAGGAGGUCAAGACCGAGUCUACUGAGAGCACCGCCUCCACUGCAGCUACGGAGCCAACCCCUGAACCGGAGACUGAAGCGCCCAAGGAGACGUCCUCCGAGGCUCCUGCUGCUCACGACGAGCUGUAA